AUGGAGCCCUCCAUUUAUGUGCGCGCGGCGAAAAUCAUCGGUGUCACUGGAGCAGCAUGGCUCGGUGGUGAGUACACACCCAGGUCCCAACAUUAUAUUAGCCGUCAAGGUGUUUUGCAAGACUUGAAGUUGGAGAAGAACAGUAUGCUGACUGGCGUCGGAAAAGGCAACAUUGCAGCGCUUUCUCUUCUAGCAACGCCGGGUCUGCGCCGUUCCAACGCCAAUGACGGUGUGCCAUCAAGCAUUAUUUCGAAGCAGUGGAGGUACAUUUACGAUUCCGGAAAAUCCCAGAACCCGCCAAUCGCUGCGAUCACUGCCGCAGCGUAUCUUUACCUUGCGUGGUCUGCCCACCGGGUCGCGCCACUGGGUCAACUGCCACUUUGCUAUGGGUCGGCAGCCAUGCUGACUCUGGGUAUUGUGCCUUUCACCCUGAUUGCAAUGUCCUCUACAAAUAACAAGUUGAUUCAACAUUCGAAUGCAGUGCCAAAGAGUCCCAGUACGCCACUGCAGCAGCCGAGCGAUGAGGAGGUAGACAGUCUCAUAGCCCAGUGGACCACUCUGAACUUGAUCCGGAGCCUUUUGCCAUUGGCAGGAAGCAUUCUGGGCGCCGUUGCCAUGCUAGCAUGA